GCCACUGACCGCUCCUAACGUCUUACUUUACCAGUGAAAGAAACAGAAGCAGAGACAACAGUGACCAGCUUAUGGUCACAGCCCAGAGAACGGACGUCCCGUCUCCACAGAACUCACCACUUCCCGGUUUGCCACUAGCGGGGGAAAGGUAUAUUUCUUACUAGCAAAGCAACUCAAUGGAAAAUACGGCGAAAGCAAAUAAAAAGGAUAUUCAAGAUGGGCCACCAAAAGAAGUCAAACUGUCUAUGAGUGAGGCACUUCUAGACUAUCACUGUCAAAUAAAGGAAAAUUCAGUGGAACAAUUCAUGGCUCAAAUAAAGAAACUUAGAGAAAAGAACCAAAAGUAUCAUGAAAGAAACAGACGCUUAAAGGAUGAACAAAUUUGGCACAUACAGAACCUGCUAAAGGAACUGAGUAAAGACAAGUCAGAGGGGUUAGAAGUUGUAACAAGAGAGGAAGUUGAAGAAGCAAUGAAGGAAAAAUGGAAGUUUGAAAGAGACCAGGAACAAAACUUGAAAGAUAUGCGCAUUCAAAUAAAUAAUGCUGAGAAACUAUUUCUUGAGAAACUCAGUGAGAAGGAAUAUUGGGAGGAGUACAAGAAUGUAGGGAGUGAACAACAUGCUAAACUCAUUAUCUCUUUACAGAAUGACAUCAGCAGAGUCAAAGAGAACGCUGAGGAAAUGUCAGAACAGUAUAAAAUCACUCUGGAAGAUGCUAGAACGAGAAUCAUCAGAGAAACUUUGUUGCAACUAGACCAAAAGAAGGAAUGGGCCACAGAGAAUGCUCUAAGGUUCAUUGACAAGGGCAGCUAUCGAGAGAUCUGGGAGAAUGACUGGCUCAAAAAAGAGACCAUCACCAUCAAAUACUGUGAGCCUGUCUGCCUCCCCUCUGAGCCUGUGCUCCUCUUACAUCUCUGUGUCUCCAGCAUCCAGCAGAGAGAAGGAGGCACCAGGGAGCAGGUGGUGCAAUAUUUGUUGAAUGACAGGCUACUCUUCUUACUUGUUUUUAGGCGGCUGUAUCUUACCCAAGCUGCUGGACAGGAAGUGCCACCUGAAGAAAUGCGUUUGGAAUUGCCAGAAACAUAUAUAGGAAAGCCACAACCGCAAGCUGUAGAAGUAAAAAGCAGAGACACAGUGAGCUCAUUACUUGGGAGCAGUGCUUUCCAUCCAGGUGACGAGGACAGCGGCAGAUACGGCGAGCACCUGAAGACAGCUGGAGAAGAGAGCUCAAGUAUAGAGUUUGGGGCCUGUGAUACGAAAUACUUGCUGAAUGAGGAUGAGCAGGAUUUCAAGGAUUACGUAAAGCUGGGCCCCCUGGAAGUGAAGCUCAUGACUGUGGAGAGCAAGAAAAUGCCCAUUCAUUUCCAAGAGAAGGAAACUCCAGUCAAAUUCUACGAAGAUGUCAGGAGCCCAGAAAGCCACAUCACAUAUAAAAUGAUGAAGUCUUUUCUCUAAGACUGAAAGCUGCAAAGUAAAAACAAUAUCUUAUAUAUUUUCUUUGGGAACGGAAGUAUAUCAGUUGCCCAUUUUAUUUACACUUCGGUCCAUUUUUAAAGCAGUUGUUAUUUCUAAAGGUCAUAACUACAUUUAAAAAUCAAAGUUCCAAGUAUUCAGCUAUUCAUUUACCCGCAUGGCAUGAGUGACAAAAAUGAAAUUUCACUCUUUAUUUCCAUAUUCAAACAUUCAGGAGCAGGACAGUGGGCCAAGAUGCUUUCUGAGGUUGCUUACCACUUAAAAUUUUACAGAUUAAUCUAGGAUUCCAAUUCCAAUAGUUCAAUUAGAAAUUGCCCGAGAUACAUUUAGAGGUUUGCAUAGCACUGACUACACAUCUUUCCCUGUGAGAUUGCUGAGUGAUUGACAGCCAGUCCACAAUUCAAGCCUACUCUUCUUUAACUUAACACUGUUUAUGAUGAGUAUCAAAUAUUUUAGAAACAGAAUUGUAGGUGGUAACUUGUGUUAUAAAAAUAUUCCAUCAAUAGGGAGAUCCAUCUCCCAUCAGCUUUAUCAGCUCUAAAGUGCUGAGACCCUAUCCAAGGUCAUUACUACUUCCCUCUUACUGGUACCACAGCCAAGGACACUCUGACUGUGCCUGAAUUUGACACCAGCAUUCCAUUUUAAAGCUAGUUCUACUUAUAAAGCUUUCUAUAAGAAACACCAUUUUUAUACUCUGGUUUCUCUGCAGAUUGUUUAAAUCUUUUGCCUUUUACAAAAGAUUUCUGUGGAGAGGAACAGUUAUAUGAAACGCCUUUUAAACAGAAGGCCACAGAUACAUUGGAAGUAAAUAUAUCAUGCAAACAUUAACCAAAAGGAAGGUGGUGUGACUAAACUACUAGACAUAGUAGGCUUUACAGUAAGAAGUGUUAAAAAGGUAAAGAGAAAGCAAAACAUGUCAUAAUAAUAAACAGAUUAAUUCAUCAGGAUGAUAUAGCAAUUUUAAAUAAUAAUAUGAUUUCAAAAUAUAUAAAGCAAAAUUUACUAAACUAAAAAGCAAUAUGGUAAACCUUGUGUUAUGUAUAUUUUACCACAAUAAAAAAAGAAAAAAAGACAUAAACAAAUUUACAAUCAGACUUGAGAAUCUUACCAUCUCUCUCUCAAUAACUGAUAGACUGAAAAAAAAAUCAUUAGGGCUAUAAAAAGCUGAACAACUAUACUAUAGAAUACACAUAUUUUUCAAGUGUACAUAAAACAUUUACAAAAAUAGACUAUGUUGGGCCAUAAAGUAAGUGGCAAGAAAUAUUCAAAAAGUUGAAAUGCAUAGAACAUAGUUCUCUGACCACAGUAGAAAAUAACUAAAAACAACAGUAACAGAAUCAAAAAAACCUAUAAAUAAAUUUCAAGAAAGCAAGAUACUUCUGAAAAACCUGUGGGUGAAAGAAAAAAUCAUAAGGAAAAAUACUUUGAAUUCAAUAAUAAUGAAAAACAUGACAUGUCAAAACUUGUGGGAACCAGCUCAACUGGUGUUUAAAGGGAAAUUUAUAACUUUAAGUUCAUGUAUUAAAAAGAAGAAAGGUUGAAAAUUCAAUCAUUGAAGAUUUUAUCUCAAGAAUCUAGGGAAAAAACAGCAAAAAUACACCAGAAAUGUAGAAGAAAGGAAAUAAAAGAGUGGAAAUCAAUUACAUAGAAAGUUGACAUGUAAAAAGUAAAUCAACAAGGGCAAAACCUGGUUCUUUGAAGGAUUAAAAUUGAUAAGCCCUAGUAAGACUAACCAAAAAAAGAGAGAAAACAAACAAAACAUAUCAUUACAGAUUUUACAGGCAUUACUAAAAAGAUAAGAGGAGAUUAAGAGUAAAGACUUUCCCAAUAAAUUUGACAAUAUAGAUGAAAUGGAAACAUUUCUUUAAAAAAAAUUUCUGAAAAACAGGAGGAAAUAAUCUGAAUAGUCCUAGAACUGUUUUAAAAACUCAGAUAUGUAUUUUAAAACUUUUAAAAGCCAACUGUCUUGCUUCACUAGUGAAUUUUUCCAAACAUUUCAAAAAGAUAUAAUACCAAAUGUACACAAACUCAGAAAACAGAAAAAAAAAAGAAACACUUCCAAAUCAUUCUAUGUGGUCAGUAUAAUUCUAAUACCAAAACCUAGCAAUGUCAUUAUAGAAAAAAAAAUUAAAGGCCAGUAUCUCUCAUAAAUACAGCUGCAAAAUCAUUCAUAAAAUAUUAGCUUAUUGAAUCUAGUAAUAUAUAAUAAUUCAUGAAUAAAGAAUGCAAAGUUGGUUUAAUAUUAAAAAAUCAGAACAGCAACAGGAAAAAGAUCAGCGGAUUCUAUCAGUAUCAAUACCCUGGUUGUGACAUUGUACUAGAAUUUUGAAAAAAUGCUAAUUUUUAGGGAAAUUGGGUAAAGAGUACAAGUGAUCUGUCUGUAUUAUUUCAUACAACUGCAUGUGAAUCAACAAUUAUCUCAAAAUUAAAAAAUCAAGGGUAUAAUGAAUAGAAUAUAAACGGUAAACACAUAUGAUCAUCUCAGUAUGUACAGCAUUUGAUAAAAUUCAAUAUUGUGAUAAAAAUUCAUAAUAGUAUGAUAAAGCUCUUAGCAAACAAUGAAUAUCUUUUUUUUAACCCCCUAAAGCUAACAUUGUACUUAAUAGUGAAACAUUAGACAUCUUCCCACUGAAUCAGGCACGAGACACAUAAUCAUCAUCACACUUCUAUUCAACAAUGUUGAUUAGAACUGGAGGUUCUAACCAGCCUAAUAAAGGCAAGGAAAAGAAAUUAAAAGCAUAGAGAUUAGAAAGAAAGAAGUAAACUGUCUUACUUAGAGAUGUCAAGGUUUUGAAUGCAGAUAAUCCAAAGUAAUCUACAAACAACUAGAAUUUAGGAAGGUCACAGAGUACAAGGUCAAUAAUGAUCCAAUACAUUUCUUCCUACUAGCAAUAAACAAUUGGGAAAAAUAAUAUUUAUAAUAGCAUCAAAAACAUCAAAUGUCAAGGGAUACAUGUAAUGAAAUAUAAGUUAAAUUUCUAUGCUGAAGACUUCAAAACAUUGUUGAGAGAAAUCAAAGAAAACUUAAAUAUUGGAAUAAAUAAAGAGAUACACCAUUAUCAUGAACUGGAAGAUUUAAAAUAGUUAAGAUGUCAGUUCUUCCCAACUUGAUCUAUUGACUCAAUACAAUCCAAAUCAAAAUUUCAGCAUUUUUUGGUAGAAAUUAACAAGCUAUUUCUAACAUUAUGAUGGAAAUGUAUAACCUAGGCAAAAGACCUAUGAUAGCCAAGACAAUCUUGAAGAAAAACAACAAAACUGGACAACUUAACACUAUCAAAUUGCAAGACUUAAGAUAACAUUUCACUAAUUAAGACAGUGCAACAUUGGCCUAGAGAUGAAUAAGUACAAUGGAACAGAAUAAAGAGUCCAGAAACAAACCACACCUUUACAGUCACUUGAUUUCUGCAAAAUGCCACUAUAAUUCAGUGAGGGGUACAGUCUGCUGAAUAAUGAAUGAUGCCAAGUCAACUGUAUAUAUCUGUAUGGGAAAAAAAUAAAUUUUCACUCCUGCCUAAUACCAUGAAAAAAAAUCAACUCAAAGUGGAUCAGAGACCUAAAUAUGGAAGGUAAAACAAUAAAUCUUUUAGUAGUAAAUAAAAAAAUAUCUUCAUGUCCCUCUUUACACAUCCAAUAGUUCCUCAAAGUUUGGUUGAAAUUUUAAACUACAUUUGGUACAUGGGUAAAUGUGGAUUUGGUCGUGUUCCACAUAGCACCAGCAAGCCCAUUGCUCCCUAUGUCACCCACGUCCCUGGAAAAAAUAAAAGUCAUAAAAAUAACUAACUAUAAAAAGAUACAUUUUAUUAAAAUUAAAAUCUCUUUUCAGCAAAAGAUACCAUUAACAAAGUCAAAAGGCAAGCCACAUAGUGGGAGAAAAUAUUUCCUAUAUAUAUCUAACCAAAAAAUCGUAUCGAAAAUAUAUUAAGGAC